UAAGUGCAUUUUCUUGAUUUACUUGAUUAAUUUUAUUUUCUAUAACUUAUAACAUAUAUAUUGAAAACAUUAUUGCUGUGUUCAACUGAAGCAGAUAUCUUGAUUCAAACAUAAUGCGGUUAAAUUGAGAAAUCUUAUCCUGACAAUUUAUCUGGAGCUAAGAGCUUGUCCUAAGGACUUUUACUGAUCUAUCUUAAAAAUGCGUUUCCGAUUUUGCGGGGGCGCAGAUUGCCCUGAUUGGCUUUUAGCAGAAUUACAUGCGUUGUCCAGGCUGAGUUCAGUCAGGGUGCGCCAACUUGCCACUUUAGUAGUUCAAAGCAUACUGGAUGGAAAAGUAGACAUUUAUAAAAGUGACCAAAAAGCCAAAACAUAGCUUGCACGAGAUUGAAAGACAUGCAACCCCAAAAACACCAGUUUUUUUGUCCCGUUUGAAAACCUCUGUCUGGGAUUAAAGUGGGGAUAUUGGAUAUCCAAUGGCACAACGGUGACACUCCCCUGGUCGUCUAAACGAACACGAUGCAACCAAUGGAAUUGCCGUUAAUUCCGAAAAGAUUGGCCGGCCGCAUUGCCCUAAUGCGAGGAUUUAACUCACACCACAAAGCUCUCUCUGUGUGCGUUCGCACUUGUUUGACAACCGGAGAGGAGCUUAAAGCUCUUCGCUCACUUCGGAGAUGGUCACGCGUGCAGCGCGGCUUUUCGAUAGCGGCCGCGGCUGCAGGAAUGGCCCAAUAUUUUCAACAGCAGGCUGCCGGUGUCGCAGGCGGCAUGGGAGCUGCCGCAGCGGCAGCAGCCGGCGUCGGGUCAGGCGGAGCGGGAAAACAUCCGCCGGGAUCUGCCGCUCAUCUCGCGGAGUUGUCACAGAGAAGCGGCAUUUAUUGGCCGGGAUUUCAGGGUUUGGUUGCAAACCCGAUGGCGUGGAGGGAUCGACUCACAUCAAUGAGCGGUGGUAGUCUAAGUUCACCUGGUGAUAAAGAUUCAGGAAAAAAGAAGCACACACGUCCAACAUUUUCUGGACAACAAAUUUUUGCCUUGGAGAAAACCUUUGAACAAACAAAAUAUCUGGCUGGACCAGAGAGGGCUAAAUUAGCUUAUGCUCUCGGGAUGACGGAGUCACAAGUAAAGGUGUGGUUCCAAAACAGGCGAACAAAAUGGCGCAAAAAGCACGCUGCCGAAAUGGCAACCGCAAAACGCAAGCAAGAAGAAUUGGGCGACGACCUAGGAAGCAACGACCUAGGCGGCCAAGGUGGCGACCUCGGUGGCUCCCAAAACGGCUCCGAAGACUUAUCACAUGGGCAUCCUUCUUUAACCCACUUGCAUCACUCCGCCUCGCAUUUGCAUCACUUGCACCAUUCAGAUCACCACAGGCGAAAUGAUGAUGAUGACGAGGAUGAUGAUGAUGAUGAUGAGAACGACAAUCGUGAGACGGCUGCCAAAAGGCUGAGGCGCGAACUUAGUGAAGCAGGGAGGGGUUUACUUGGACAAUAAAUAAAUAAAUAGGUUUUUAGUUGUGCAGUGUAUAAACUUAUAUGUAAAUUAGAUAAUGUGAAGGAAAUUUUGCUAUUUGAGGGAAAGGAUGAGAAGAUAGGAAAAAGAAGUAUAGAAUAUUGAAAGUGAUCAAGGUUUCUGGAUACUGUCUCUAGAGUCUAUCUGUUACAAAAUGUUAUCCCAAGAUUUUAAGUGAAAAUGUGAUUUUGAAGAUUUUGAUCAAAUUGGACUUAGAUGGC